GAAAGAUAAAAACAGUAACUUUAGUUGCUUCUUUAGGCUUAUUUUCAUUAUUUCAUGGAGAAAUGAAAGGAGAUUUAAACGACUUUAAGGAUUGAUGUCAUCAUCUCUGGCCGAUGUUGGUUGCACGUUGGGUCCUCUGUUGUGUGUAUUCUUCCAGUGCCGCGUGUUUUAAUGAUUGGUGACUAGCACAAGCAUAUUCGAACCACCCAGAUGAAUAUUCCUUCACCCUUAGUAUAGUGUAGUAGCCACUGGGAUUCGAAUCAACAGAGAAGAGAUGGGAUUGAAUUGGCAUAGAUGGGUUGUUAGUGCUUUUCUACUUGUUGCAUGGGCUUUAAUUCUUGACACUGGAGAGAUAUGUUUCUGUAUGGGUGGAAAGACCAGUGAUUUUCUGAGAAAUGAUUAUUUAUCGUUGGAUAUGCCAAUAGACAGUGAUACGUUCCGUGUGCCUCCUGGUUACAACGCUCCCCAACAGGUGCAUAUAACACAAGGAGAUCACGUAGGGAAAGGUGUUAUCAUCUCUUGGAUUAGCCCACAUGAACCCGGUUCAAGCACUGUCAUUUACUGGGCUGAAAACAGUGAAUUCAAAUGGCAAGCUCAUGGCUUUUUCCUUACCUACAAGUACUUCAAUUACACCUCUGGCUACAUACAUCACUGCACUGUUCACAAUUUGGAGUUUGAUACCAAAUAUUACUAUGAGGUUGGAAUAGGGAAUACCACUCGACAAUUCUGGUUCAAAACUCCUCCCCCUGUUGGCCCCGAUGUUCCCUAUACAUUUGGUCUCAUUGGGGAUCUAGGCCAAACUUACAAUUCCAACAGGACGCUUACCCAUUAUGAACAAAGUCCGGCCAAAGGGCAAACAAUAUUAUAUGUGGGGGAUCUUUCUUAUGCGGAUGAUUAUCCACUUCAUGAUAACAUAAGGUGGGAUACAUGGGGAAGAUUCACUGAGAGAAUUGCUGCUUAUCAGCCUUGGAUUUGGACUGCGGGAAAUCAUGAAAUUGAUUUUGCUCCACAACUUGGUGAAACCAGGCCUUUCAAGCCUUAUACUGCUCGUUAUCAUGUGCCAUACAAAGCAUCAGAUAGCACAUCUCCAUUGUGGUACUCCAUCAAGAGAGCUUCAGCAUACAUCAUUGUUAUGUCCUCUUACUCAGCUUUAGGUAAAUACACUCCUCAGUACAAAUGGCUUGAAAAAGAACUGCCCAAGGUGAACAGAACCGAGACACCCUGGCUGAUAGUCCUCAUGCAUAGUCCGAUAUAUAAUAGUUAUGUGACUCACUAUAUGGAAGGGGAGACAGUUCGAGUAAUGUAUGAGAAAUGGUUUGUGGAAUAUAAAGUUGAUGUCGUCUUUGCUGGUCAUGUUCAUGCUUAUGAACGAUCUGAACGUGUAUCAAAUAUUGCAUACAAUGUUGUAAAUGGGCUGUGCAGACCCAUCAAUGACCAAUCUGCCCCAGUUUACAUAACGAUUGGAGAUGGAGGAAAUUUAGAAGGACUGGCUACUGCUAUGACAGAGCCCCAGCCAAGUUAUUCAGCAUACCGUGAAGCUAGUUUUGGGCAUGGUAUUCUUGAUAUAAAGAACAGAACUCAUGCCCAUUUUAGUUGGAAUCGUAAUCAAGAUGGAUACGCAGUCGUGGCUGAUUCCGUUUGGUUGCACAAUAGAUACUGGAACCACCCAGAACAAACAUCUCUUGCUGCUUUUCGGUAGAAUAAUUUAUUAGAACUGGUGUGGAAUCAAUUGACAAGGUGUAAAAUACGUAGAAUCUCUUUUUGUGGUUCCAAAUGUUUCACUAGUUGCGCCCAUUGUAUAUACUAUGAUAGAAACUGCUUCCCGCGUUAAUUUCAUAUUUGAUACUAUUUCAUAAUACAGUAUUGUGAAGCACAUAUUCAAUCCGGAUACUAAAUACAGGUUAAUGAUUU